GCGACCCGAAAGGCGAGGAGCCGUGGAAUGGCGCUCUGUUCGCAUAUAUAUUCUUUUCGCGGAUUCCGGAGCAUUCGCGACCUGCUUCUCCAUUACCGCAUUUCAUCGGUGUUGGUGGUGGUGGUGCUGUUGCUGCUUUUGGAGAGAGAAAGAUGAAGGUGAUAGAGAAGAUCCGGACGGGGACGGAGGAAGGUCGGGUGGUGUUUUCGUUCGAGUUCUUCCCGCCCAAGACAGAGGAUGGGGUCGACAACCUGUUCGAGCGGAUGGAUAGAAUGGUCGCUCACAACCCUGCCUUCUGCGACAUUACUUGGGGUGCCGGGGGGUCAACCGCUGACCUCACCCUCGAGAUCGCCAACAAGAUGCAGAACAUGGUGUGCGUCGAGACCAUGAUGCAUCUCACCUGCACUAACAUGCCCGUCGAGAAGAUCAACCACGCUCUCGACACUAUCAAGGCUAACGGGAUUCAGAACGUUCUUGCUCUCCGUGGCGAUCCUCCGCAUGGACAGUCGAGAUUUAUUCAGAUUGAGGGUGGUUUCGCUUGUGCAUUUGACCUGGUUAAUCACAUUCGAGAAAAUUACGGAAAUUACUUUGGGAUAACGGUUGCUGGUUACCCGGAGGGACAUCCUGAUGUCAUAUCAGAGAACGGUACGGUCGGUUUGGAAGCAUACCUGAAUGAACUUGCUUAUUUGAAAAGCAAGGUUGAUGCUGGAGCAGAUCUGAUUAUCACUCAACUAUUCUAUGAUACUGAUAUUUUUCUGAAGUUUGUAAGUGAUUGCCGCCAAACUGGAAUAACUUGCCCCAUUGUUCCAGGCAUUAUGCCAAUCAAUAACUACAAGGGCUUCUUGCGCAUGACUGGAUUUUGCAAAACAAAGAUACCUUCCGAAAUUACUGCUGCCUUGGAACCUAUCAAGGACAAUGAUGAGGCUGUUAGGUCCUAUGGAGUCCACCUUGGAACUGAAAUGUGCAAGAAGAUUAUAGCUAAUGGGAUUAAUACAUUGCACCUUUACACACUGAACAUGGAGAAAUCAGCAUUAGCCAUAUUAAGGAACCUAGGGUUGAUUGAUGAUAACAGGAUUUCAAGAUCCUUGCCUUGGAGACGCCCUACAAAUAUAUAUCGUAUUAAAGAAGAUGUUCGCCCAAUUUUCUGGGCUAAUCGUCCAAAAAGCUAUAUAUCUAGGACUAUUGGUUGGGAACAGUACCCAAGUGGGCGAUGGGGUGAUUCUCAUAAUGCAUCAUAUGGAGCACUGACUGACUACCAGUUUAUGCGACCACGCUCACGUGAUAAGAAACUCCAAGAGGAAUGGGUUGUCCCAUUGAAAUCCAUUGAAGAUAUUAAUGAGAGGUUCAUGAAAUUCUGCCUGGGGAAACUACGAAGCAGUCCAUGGUCCGACCUAGAUGGGACUCAGCCAGAGACAAAAGUCAUAAAUGAACAGUUGGGAAAUAUCAACUCGAAGGGAUUCCUUACCAUUAAUAGCCAACCAGCAGUAAAUGGCGAGAAGUCUGACUCUCCAGUUGUUGGAUGGGGUGGACCUGGUGGAUACGUUUAUCAGAAGGCCUAUGUAGAGUUCUUUUGUCCUCGGAACAAGUUAGAAGCAAUAAUUGAGAAAUGCAAGAAUUUCCCAUCUAUAACCUACAUGGCUGUCAACAAAGAAGCACAAUGGAUGUCCAAUAUUGGCCAAGAUUAUGUGAAUGCAGUAACAUGGGGAGUUUUCCCAGCAAAGCAGAUUGUCCAACCAACUGUUGUGGAUCUGGAAAGCUUCAUGGUCUGGAAGGAUGAGGCCUUUGAGAUCUGGAAUAGGGGAUGGGCAUGCUUGUUCCCUGAGAAUGACCCAUCAAGGACAUUGCUAGAAAACGUGCAACGCAGUUACUUCUUGGUCAGCUUGGUGGAUAAUGAUUAUGUCCAUGGAGACUUAUUUGCUGUUUUCAAGGAUUUUUAAGAUCACCCAUCUAUUUCUAUAAUACCAUUCUUCAUUUCCACAUUCUUAUAUAUUUUUUUCUUUUAUUAUUUAUUAGUUUUUAGAAUUUUGUAAGUGCACGCUAUCAUUUUUAAUUCAUACUUUAUUUUGAUCAAUAGAGCAAGUUAU